AUGGGGGAGACUUGUACAGAGACACUAAAUAAGCUUAUUCAGCCCUCUUUUGAUGUAAAGUUGAAACUGCUAUCAUUAAUAAAUGAGAGCGAACAGCGGAUUUUGAGGCUUAAGGAAAUCAUAUCUUUUGGUGAGUCAGCUGGAGCACUCUCAGUAUUCUCCUCCCACAGUGAACAUUUCCUUAGAGAAAUCGAAGAAAUUCAACAACAAUUAGCCAAACUCGAACCGAAUGUCAUCUCUUCCCUCCAGAGUGGGAAGGAUUUGGCCGAAAAAAUUAUUCCUGAUGUACUUCAGAUGAAGUCCCUUCAGGCUUCACUCUCUAUUGCAGAAAGGGAUGAAGCUAUUGCACGUUACCGGUCAGAAGUAGUUGCAUCUCAAGUACUUGGCUCUCUGGACAUGUCUUUAGAUUCUUUUCUAAAUCUCUCUCUGCACCUUGGGACCCAUGUUUCUUCCUCGACUCCCGUCUUGCUACCUCUCCCGCCCUUUUACGGCCCAAUGUUGGAACAUUUCACAAAAAUGUUCCAGGAGAUACUCAGACAAAUGGAAUUGCCGAAGAUAAGGUCAGUCGGCAAUUGGAUGGAAAUUGGAGGUGAUCGUACGAGCAAUCGAUGUCCCUGGGAUGAAGACGUUCUGAAGACUUUUCGCUGUUUGUUUCGAACUCUCAGCAACAUCAAAGAAGGGACUGCUGAAACUGACGCCGCAAAACGUGCCAAGUUGUCCAUCCCCGUGCGUCUCAUCUUGGAGCCACUGGAAAAACGCUUUCUCUUUAACUUCUACGGCGACCGGAUCACCAAUAAGCCAGAAAAGCCCGAAUGGUACUUCACCGAGGUUUUAACUUGGAUCACCAUCAACGACCAAUGGUUAACGUGGAUGCAAGACGAACAACUCAAGGAUUUGGGCAAGACCUCCUCCAACCUUAGGGUGGAUUUCAUGCAGGGUCUCAUAAGCUUUGUGAUGGAUAAGAUCUCCUUCGAUCUUGGUCUUCUUAAAAGCCCUCCCAGGCCACGAUGUGCAAUUCAUCUUAAAGGCAAGAGAAAGGAAGGGACAGAAGAAGCAGCUGCAGAUUCAACCGGCUCGACUAUUGGACUAUUGACAUCACCACCCUCCUUUUUUGGCCACCUCACAGACGAGAUGCUCACAUUUGAGAAGUGUUUGGAGGGGCUGUGCUACAACCCACAGGCUCUGCGACCUGCCGACCUCUUCACACAUCGUCUCGACGUCCUGCAACAUUGGAUCACCCUUGAGAGCGACCUUGCCCACAGAAAACUUAAGGAUCUUUUGGCUAAGCCCUAUGCCUGGCGUGUAGAUAACAAAGUGCCUCAAUGCGUGGGCGAUUUUGUGACUCUUGUCUACUCCAUCUCUCGCCGCGCCGUCCAUCUGCAUCACAAUGCUGCCAAAUCGCGGGUCUUCUUUUUCAAGGUCCAACUUGACCUCAUCUUCACCUUUCUCGAAGCGAUGAUUACUGCCCUGCCGUGGAACACCACGACUGGUACCACUUCUACUGCUCUCGAAGGGGUAGACGACGAGUCUCGCGACUGCCUAACCCGUUGGACGUCUAUUCUCAACGCCUUGCAGACAGUGCUGGAGACCACGCAGGAGUGGACCAAUGACCAGUACUUUGUGGAGCUUUGGGAAGAUCAGGAGUCCCGUCGACUUCUCACCUGUGCUUGGGAUCCCUGGAUGGACGAAGAGGUGGAGCCUGGCAAUGAGGAGAGGAAUGGCUGGAAAACCAUCACACAUCGUCUAGGAGCUGCUUUGACCGAAAUAAAUUCAUCUGGAGUUGCCAAAACGACAGCUGUCGUGCGACGUCGAAUACAGUGUCCCGGCGUCUUCUCUGAGAUUUCCGAACUCUAUGGGCGUCGAAUAGAGGAGAGUCUACAACGAGUGGGACAGAGCCUCUUCAAACGCCUGCGAGAACUGGCGCAGGCCUAUCUCAGCGACAGUCAGCAGUGGUCGCGAGUGGACGGCUAUGAGACGCUUUCGGCCACCAACACUCCACCACCGUCGGCCACCAGUCUGUCUGGCCACACAGCAGAGAUGUUCGUCCGGCUCAAUUGUGACCUUUCAGCCACUGCCAAGACCCUUCUACCGCAUCUCUUCACCACGCUCUGGCAACCCAUUCUGCGGAAAAUUAAUCAACUCUUUUACAAUAAGCUGGUGCUGGAGAAUCACUUCACCCCUGUAGGAGCAAGCCAACUCCACUACGACCUAAACCACUGUCUCCGUACCCUUCUAAUGCCUUAUUCCAACCUCCUGGUAGUUGACGACCUCCUAGCCGAAUGCUUCGAUGCCUGCCGUUUGCUCAGCCUCCCUCCUGGAUCUAUUCACUUGUUGAAGCAGUCUCUGCUCAGCACAAACACCUCCUCGGCUGUUCUUGGAUCUCUCGUCGAACUAGGCAUCCGCCGUCUCCCUCCGGAUGCUGCAAUGGCUGCCGAGCCUGGAUCCGGUGAUUUCGAUGCGAAUGCACUGCGAGAUCUUGCAAAUGAGCACCAGAGGAGAGUUCAGCAAAAGCAGGCUGAUUUGGAGACUUAUGAACUUCAGGUUCUUGAUUCGGUCUUGGAACUUACCUCUCAACUCAGUCUGAAUCUCAAUGAGAAAAUUUCGAAGGCUUAUGAUAACCAAUGCCGUCUGGACACUGAGGUGAAGAGACUUUGCUCCAACAUCCAGACGUUUAAUUGUCAAGUUGAUCUGUGGAAUAAGGAGAUUCUUGACAUCAACUCCGCCUUGAAGGAGCUUGGAGACGCUGAGACGUGGUCGCAAAAACUUUGCCGAGACGUACAGAUAAUCCAUGAUACAUUACAAGCAGCCGACAAAUAG